AUGGAGGCUGUGCUUCUCACCCAGAAGAAUCCAACUGGUGGUAACCUGUUGGUGAUCGUGGUGGUGACCAUGUCGCGCCGGCUGCGCUCCAUCACCAACUUCUUCCUGGCGAACCUCGCCAUCGCAGACCUCUGUGUCGGCCUCUUCUGCGUCUUCCCACACCUCUACCUGCAGCUCUACAAUGACUGGCUGCUCGGUGAGGCUAUGUGCAAGAUGACGGUAUUCGUCCACACUCUGAGCUACACGGCGUCCAUCCUCAUCCUGGUGGUGAUCUGCACUGAGCGCUACGUCGCCAUCAUACACCCCAUCGCCUGCCGGCGCAUCCUCACGCCGGCUAGACUCAUGGCGGUGGUGGCGUGGGCGUGGCUGCUGGCGGCCGGCUACUCGUCGCCGCGGCUGCUGUGGAUGAAGACGGUGCGGCUGGGCAAUCAGACGCUGUGCGCCCCGGACCGGUCGCGCUACGACCAGGGCCUGCUGGACGGGCUCACGUUCGGCCUGCUGUACGUGCUGCCGCUCGCCGUCAUGCUGGCGCUCUACUCGCGCAUCUCCGUGGCGCUCUGGCGCAGCAGCCGCGGUCUCUCGCCGGCGGGGCACUGCCACCAGCUUUCUGGUUCAGCUUUCAUCAAAAGUGCAACAUUGAAAACCACUGUUAAAGGUUUCGAGGCUACUGGAGUAUGGCCCACGGACCCAGCCAUAUUCACAGAUGCAGAUUUCCUCCCGGCAGACACUACUGACAUCGGACUUGAUAGGCUGCCAGAUAAAGAGGUUAUUAUACCUGGACCUGAACAAUUGGAAUUGCCUUCACCUAGCAAAUCAGUUAAAAAGACGACGGCAAUGGGUUGGAUGAUCAAGCUGCACCAGGCCGUCUCCUCGCUGCACGUGCUGCGCGCGCGGCGCGGCGUCGUGCGCAUGCUGAUCGCCGUCGUGGUGACGUUCGCCGCGUGCAACCUGCCGCUGCACGCGCGCAAGAUGUGGCAGCUGUCGGCGUCCUCGUCGUACGACGGCCAGUCGGCGUUCAGCGCCGUCUUCACGCCGCUCACCUUCCUGGCGACGUACCUGAACGCGGCCAUCGACCCGCUGCUGUACGCCUUCAUGUCGCGCAACUUCCGGCGCGGCGCGCGCGAGCUGCUGUGCGGCGGCUCGGCGGGGUCCGGGGCGCGCCGCCGCCUGCGCUCGCUGUCGCUGCUGCAGCGGCGCGGCUCCUCCCGCUCCACGGCCAACUCCAGCCUCACCAACAGCGGCUGA